AAAAUUUCUUGCCAUCCACCCCAUCGGUUGUCUUCCUCCCUAUACAUUAUGUCUCUUUCUAUUCUAACAUGCCCACACCUUGUUUACUCCUUCAGCCAGCCUUCACCAUCCCAGAUAAUUCAGUUUUCAUUUUUUUAGCUUUUCCCACAAAAUGGAGAUUUGGAGAGAUCUGGAUUUAAACGAGGGGCUGAGCAUCCCAAGAAUCGUGUUCAACAGGUCGUGCUGCUUCUCCUUAAUCUGCUCAGCUAAGAUCAUGGCAUACAAGGUUCAGGGGUGGAGUCGGACACAGAGAUGUUCACCGUCGCCGGACUUCCAGCACCUUAAAAUAACAAGGUUUCAGUUUUGCAAAGCUCGGGUCAAAGGGUGCGUGGUGGAACCGAAAGAAAUCAAAAGCCAGGCUCAGAAAGAGGUUACGGAAAAGCUACUCCGGGCGAUGAAAUGAGGUCACGACCUCAUCAUGAACAGCUUCUACUAGACGGAGCCGGAAUUCGUGGAAGAGUAAUUGGAAACCUCUCCUAUUUGUAAUCUGAAAAGCUCUGAAAAGCAGUACUGUUCUUGUACAGUGACAUGUCUAUACCUUUUAUCUACUUCAACCCAAAGCGUAGUACCGAAGGGUAUAAUAGGAAGGAAAUCACUUUAUUUACUUUUCUUAAAUCCUGUGCCUAAACUCAUGUUGCAUCUAUUGUGAGACGGAGGAUAGUAGUAAAGAGUACAAAGUGUUCGCUUAUCUUAACUUUUAUAGUAGUCUCAUAAUUAAACUUCACAAGUAGUUACUGCUACUGCAUACAUUGGUCAUUGGAGGAUCAUAAUAAACCUUUGAUUGCAUGCCUAAAUUUUCCAAACUUAUUGUGCCGGCCUCUUGUUUCGGUAUUAUACAUAUAUUUUUCAUUUUUCUCUUGAUUAAAAGAUAUAAAAAUUUACAAUUGAUUAUAACCUAGUUUUGGGAUCGAGGCUGUGGAGAUAAAAAGUCAUUUAUCAAAACGAGUAAAAAUAUCUAUGACGGAGUAUAAAAUUGCAUGGAUAUAAUGCUUUUGAAAGUUCUAAAAUGUAGUGAUUGUAUACCAAAUGUGCAGAUUUCUUUUAUAUAAAUUUAUGAUGAUUUUUUAUUGUAUUGGUAUUAACUAUUAAUGGCUAAACACUUUAAUUAUUAUUUCAAUAUUGGUGGCUGUGAAUAACAAAAAGAUCGAAUUAUGGGCGGCAGUAUUAGAACUCUUCUCUUCUUCCCGUGUUUCGACGCGGCUAAAAGAGCACGAACGACGCAACUAAAAGAGCACAAACGACGCAUCAAAGCAUGUAACAGCUUGUAGAGUCAAACAUUUGAUAUAUGCAGAGCCCAAAAUUUCAGCCCAAAGCGGUGCAUAGGAGAACCUCUCUGUGACAAGGAAGCCGAGACCGCCGCCUUCAGUCCACCGGCAACGAUCAUCUCUCCCGGUUACAUUCUUCCCAGCGGCCCUCUGCUCUCGGCGGAGAAGACUCUAGGAUGGAAAAUUUAGGGCCAGCGGCAGAUGAUGAAGUUCACCCAACUAGGAUCCGUGUUCGCCCAAAUAGGAAGCCUCGCAUUGUGAUAGAGGACUACAUGCCUGCGCUGGGAGCCUACCUGCCAAGAGAAACAGAGCCAGUUGAUGUCAACGUGAUACGUGAAAUCAAUGCGAGGUUGACUUCAGUUAUGGAAGACGUGAGAGUGAUGAAGAGGAGGCUGACUCGCAUCGUGAUCUUACAGCUGCUCUGCUUGAUGGUUGCAAUAUCUGGUUUGCUUGUCAAACUCUUCAGUAGGAAGUAGUAAAUAAAAGAGUAAGUAAUAGUCCUCUUGUAUCAUAUGUAUAAUCUCAGUCAAAUGAGGUAUUCCUGUAAACCUGGAAGUGUUCCUGGGGCUAGGAUGUAUUUAAUAUGGCGAAACCCGGGGUGACCUGUUAUGUAAUAUGACUAUCUUCUUCUAACUGUUGCUUUUUGCUGGCUGGCUGGCUGGCUGGCUGCUUGCAAUUAGAUAAAAAAGUGUCUGAACUAUGGUUGUGGCCCUUCUGUAUAGGUGAGCGUUUGACCACGCAGUUGUGCUAUUUGUAAAACAAAUUAGUACACCAACUUGUUCACCUGCUCAAAUUGAAAUCAUUUUUGCUGUCAAAGGCUUGCCUAUGGAAAUAAUAAUCUUGUAGUAUGUGCAAGUUAGUGUACAACUUUGUUAUUUAAAGAACA